UCAAUGGAAGUGUUCACGCUCUUUUUCUUUUUCAACUUGCUAGGCGGGACCGGACACGGGAUUAUAACGAGCCAAAUAUUGUUGCCUCCUCUUUUAUCAUUGCUCGAAAAUCGGGCUUCGAAGGCUUCUUCAAGCUCAAAUUCUAUAGCUAAUAUCACAGGCAUGCCGCAGACUCGGACACGCGCAAAAACUACAGCGUCCGCUCCUAGUACCCAUGACCUUCCUUCUUCAUCUCCUGCACCGGUAACUAGUUCUUCGCCAACUCGGGCUACACCGUAUAAGCGCUCCAGGGGACCCGCAGCGGCAUCAGCAGAACCGAUUAAGAGUACUCAACCUCGCGUUCGUACACCUCUGACAAUCCGCUUGCCAAGAGCAUCGCUUGUAGGACAUGCGACAACAUUAUCUAUCGCAAAGAACACAUCUACAUCGUCUCUUACCGCUUCUGCACCUGCUGUUGGUAUCAAUAUUGGUACUGGUGCUCCUAUUCCCACCUCAUCCAUACGCACCCCCAUACCUGCGCCUGCUCCACGCGUAAGUACACCACCUCCGACGUCAUCAACUGUAUCACAACCUACAUCUACAACCUCUCCGCGGCCUCCUCCGUCGGCGCUGUCACCGGCUAUAACCGCACCAAAACCUCCACUUGUAUCAUCUGCUUGCCUACCUGCCCCACCUAUUUAUACUUUCCCGCCACCCCCACCACCUCCAAAUCAUGUCGAUGACCCUGCAGCUGCAGCGCGUGCCUCAUCGACCAUGCAACUCCCCACAUCUGUGACACAUAAUGCCAGUGCAACAGCUCUAUCAGCCCUACCCCCGCCAUUAGCAAAUACCUCGGUUUCCACUUCUCCGCGCUGUCCUACACCUCCCCCAUCAUCGCACACUUCACACUCCACAUCAAAUACUCUACGUCCUGUUCAGCGCACGCUAGCCAUGGCUUCCGAAUCGCAGAUUACUAGCCGACAAGCAACUCAGGCUCAAUAUCCUACUCCAUCCUCAGCAGGAGCCUUACCUUCCCCAACUUCUGGUGUAGACUUCGAGUCUGAUUAUGCAGUCGAUGCAAUGGAAGUGGAUACGGAAGGCAUUUCAGCGAUGGUUAACAGUCGCAAUAACUCGACAGCUCCAAAAACAUCAGACAGGCAUCGUGAGGCAAAUAAAAAAUACAGGCAGCGGCUGAAGGAAAGAAUAAAAAAUGGCGAGAUUGACGAACUAGAAGCUGAGAGAAUGAAAGAGAGGAAGCGGAUUAAUGCCCGUAAUUCUCGUGCUCGAAGGAAACUGGCGAUGCGCAACCAAGCAGCUAAAGAUAAUAACUCCAUGUCAAGUGUCGAGCCAGGUCCGCUUCUCGCUUCUAGCAUCGAACCAUCUCUCCCUCCACCCGUUGACCCAGCCCCAAGUCCUGGCGAUUUCUUGUUAUGCCUCCCCGAUACGAAUCCACCAAUGGGAUCUUACUACUCCACGACCUUUCACGAAAUUCUUACCAAAACUGAUCCCAAUACCGGGAGCAGCGACGGCGCAAGCACCACCUAUCCACAGUUCGAGCACGAUAGCCACCCCAGCUUCGACUUCAAAGCUGCUAUGCCUCCUGCUGUCUUCCCACUCACCAAAGCCCGAGAUUUCUGCGACGCCUGUACGAUGACGGACCCCGCUCCAGAUCUCUCAAAAGAAAGCGACAUCCCCUCAUCUCUAGAACCCAUCGCCCCCGCCCUCGCCCGUCAUCCCCACAGACAACUCACCACCGAUCGCCUUCAUGAUUUCACCGCGAAUCCACUACAGCUCCUCGAUAAAGCCUUCCUCCUCAUAGUCCCUGAUCCAAGCAGUACCCUCGGGAAACUCGUUUUAUGUAAAGUCCUAGAGUACCGGGUGUCUUCUGCUGGACAUCGGUUUCUCGUGCAGUUUUGGGGGGACAAGAAAGCGAGUGAGAUGGGUCUGGAUAGGAUGAUGGAGGUGUUAGAAGGUGGGUACGAGAUUGAUCCCCCGCCUGCUGGUCCUAGUGCUGGACCUCAGGGGGCGGGGUUAGCGGGGAGAGUGUUUGGUGCGUUACGAUCGUUUACGGGGUUUUAGAUGCGUCCAGGAGGCGUUUGAUCUUAUGACUUUUAUUUUAUUUCAUAUUCCUUCCAACGCUGUUGUGUGUUGUAUCUACUUUGUUAUUGUGCUGCACUUCUCGCGUUGCUUUAGCUGGUGUGGAUCUACUUUUACCUGCAUACUGUCAUUAUCUUUUUUCGUUUGUUAUUUUUUUUGGCUGUUUUACGUGUUACUUGCUUGUUACUUACUAUGUUGUUAUCAUACAGAUAUUGAUAGUAAUGAUGAUGCGGUUUCCUUGCAGGCAAUGUA